AUUUUUUGAGGGCCUCUGGACUUGGGCAGUAAUAAAAUUGGAUGAUUAAAGAAAGAAGCAAAACAUUCCAAAGAGUUGAGAAAGAAAGAAGUAAUUGCCUUUUGUCCGAUCCCACUCCCAACUCUGUUGCCAUAUGUGGUGUGUUUUCUUCCAGUCUUUUUUCCCCUCUCAGCCCAUCCUUUUUUGGGCCAGUGCCCUCUGUCACUUCAGAACCUGGACAGCGAUGACGUUUGCUGAGGACAAGACUUACGAGUAUAUCCGCUACCAUUACAGCAAUUUUGGUCAUAUUCAUGUUCUGGAGAUUCUGCCUUAUCUGUCCUGCCUCACAAUAAGUGACCAGGACCGACUGCGGGCCUACUACCAGCUCUGGGGGAACCAGGGCACCCUCUGGGAGCUCUUCAACAGCCUUCGGCGGCGGACUGGCUGGGUGGAAUCCUUCAUCAAGGCCCUGAGGAUCUGUGAGCUGGCCGGUCUUGCUGACGAAGUGGCCUCUGUCUACCAGAGCAACCUGCCUGGGGUCCCGAAGAACUGCCCCCCAGCCCCACUGGAGCCACAGUUAGCUCCUGCUGAGGUUCCAGGGCCCUCCACACCUGCCGUGGCCCCCAGCGCCCCCCACAAUGGCUACAGAGAGGAGGAGCCAAGUUUCCCCCUGCCUGUCCAGGACACUGAGCCGCCAGAGUCCCUAGGAGAGAGUUCAAAGAAAGUCCCACAGACACCCAGUUCUGGGACUGUCCUGAGGAGGCCAGCUGGCCCCCUGGAGCCCUCCUCUGACAUGGCAGCCCUCAGCCCUCUGACCUCCAGUGGGCGUCAGGAGCAGGACACAGAACCAGGCAGUGCCCACAUAGCAGGCAUGGCCUCCAGCCUCACAUCACCCCGUGGGCCUGUGUCUCCAUCUGUCUCCUUCCAGCCACUGACCCGUUCCAUCCCCAGGGCAAGCCGCUUGCCAGGACCCUCAGUAUCAGCUCCGCCUACUGGCAUCUCCUCCUCUUCCCCUGGCUUGGCCUCUUCAGGGGGUGCUGGUGACCAUGGUGAGGCUACCAUCUUCCCUGGGGCCGGGGUGUUGGCCAGCUCAUUGACCACCAGCGUGGCACCCUCCAAAGUGCCUACCAACUCAGCAUUUGAUAGAACGAUGCCUUCCAAGUUGCCUGCCAGCUCGAAACCCUCUGGUACAAUGUCUACUAACGUGCUCACUAGUCUACCGCCAUCCAAACUGCCUAUCAACUCCACACGUGCUGGCACAGUGGCACCCAAGGUGCCUACUGGCUUGGUGCCUGACCACAGGAUGUCCACAAGCACAGCGCCCAGCACGGUGCCUGCCAACACAGUGCCCCCCGUCAGGAGCAGCAUAUCCUCAGGGGAGACUCCUCCAGUGGCUCCAGAGCCCACAGGCACCUCCACCAGAGACAGCUUGCCCGAGCCAGACCACAACCCUGCCACCUGGGGCUCCGAGUUGGAGCUGAGCAAGCCUGGCCGGCUGGUCUCCCACAUGGACAGUGAGCCGUUCUCAGGCUGCUCUGCGGACCUGGCCCUCAGCUGCAGCAAGUCCUUGGGCGCAGGGCCUGACAACGCCCCAGAGGAGAAUGAGUACCAGUCAGUGGAGUCCAUUAGGAUCCAAGUGGCCCAGGAUCCCAGCAUUAACCUGGUAGAGGGUAGUCCCGGGCCUCCUGCUGCCCCACAGCCCUCAGUCAAGGACAAGUUUGUCCCGGCCAGAUUCUAUGCUCCAUGGCUUGGGGCAGCUGCAGCUGGGGCUCUCUUCGCCAUGCUCUUGGCUGUGCUGUAUAGGCGGCGCCUGUGAAGCCCCUAGGGCCUCCCUGUCCCGAGUCUGCUCCCUUCCCUGCAGGACAUCUAGCCCAAGCACGGACUGUGCUAUCUCCCUGUC